GCCCACGGUACCCAAUCGAUAAAAUCACAGGGAGCGUAAAAACAAAAUCAGAACAUGUCUAUCCCUCUUAACGAACUAGACCGCGUAGAAGGUGGCUACGGAAACGAGCGCGGAAAGCCGUCCCUUGAGUACGACGAGGAAUCGACAUCGACGGAGGUCGAAGAGCAGGAGCCGUUUAUUAGUCUCUCCACACAGAAUACUUCCACCCCCGAGUCUCAGGAGACAAGUGUGGAUUCCUCCCCCAAGUAUCGCUCGCUUAUGAAGCUUGGGCGCGGGAUCGGGGCGUUUAUAGGAUGUGUAUUGAUUUUCGCUAUAUGCGCUGCGGUUUUUCUCACGAUCAUGUUCGCCGUGUUUCGGCUCGUCGUCGCGCUGUGGAUGAAGAUUGGCUUGAUACCGAGUUAA